AUGAGUGAUAAAAAAAAUAAAAAAGAUAAAAAAAAUAAAAGUGAUAUAAAUGGUAAAAACAAAAAAAAUAAUGAUAAUAAUAAUAAUAAUAAUAAUAAUAAUAAUAAUCCUAGUGACAAUUCUUGUAACCAAGUUGUAGACAAUACAAAAGAUGAGGUGAUGGAAACACCAGAACAAAAUGAUAAAAUAAAGGAGGAAAAUCCUUUGAAUAAUAAUAAUAAUGAUGAUACCAUAUGUAAUAAUAAUAAUGAUGACACCAUAUGUAAUAAUAAUAACGAUGACACCAUAUGUAAUAAUAAUAAUGAUGACACCAUAUGUAAUAAUAAUAAUGAUGACACCAUAUGUAAUAAUAAUAAUGAUGACACCAUAUGUAAUAAUAAUAAUGAUGACACCAUUUGUAAUAAUAAUAAUGAUGACACCAUUUGUAAUAAUGAAAAACCUUUGAAUAACAAUGAAUCGAAUAAUAUUGAUAAAAAUAUAAACGAUAAAGAUGGUUCCUCUUGUUUAUCGUCCCUUCAAAAUGAAGGAAUAGAUAUGAAUCAAAUGAGGAAUAAUAAAGAAAAAAAACGAAUAAGUGAUGCUUCUGAUAUAUAUGCAAGAACAGAUAGUGUAAAUAGUAAUUUAAUAAAAAUUAGUCAGAGUAGUGAAGAAUGGGAACCAAAAAAUAAAUGGACAUUAUCUGUUUUAUUUCAAAAUAUAAAAUCUAUAGUUGUAAAAAAUUAUAUAUUUGUAGCAAAAAAAUGUGGGAUUCCUAACCAACCAAAUAAACCUGGUCCAGUACUAGCCAUAAGUAUUGAAAAAGCAAAUAAUGAUGAUUCUGAUAAUAUAAUUAUACAAACACCAUGUGCUUAUGAAAAAUAUUCUUUAAGAGGUAAAUUAAUUCAACAUAAAAGUUUAUAUCCUUGUACUAUUACAUGUAUGAUGAAUGGAAGUAUAGGUGGUAUUGGUAAAGUAGUUAUUUUAGGAGAACAAAAUGGUAAUGUUUUGAUUUAUAAAAUUGAUAAAUUUGAAUGUAUAUUAAAAUUAAAUACUAAAGAAUGCUUAAAAAAAUAUUUUAAUAAUAAUCCAACUACUAGAAGAAAAUCUAUUAAUAAUUAUAUGGAUUUUAAAGAUAAAGUUGUUAAUUAUUAUCAUCAUCCUACUAAUGAUAAAGAACAACAAAAACAAACAACACAAUAUAAUCAUAACAAUCUUAAUAACAAUUUUAAUAAUAAUUUAGAUCCUUCUCAAACUAAUCAUUAUAAUUAUCCAUAUGAUGAUAAUGACUUGUCAUAUCAAAUAUCAGGUAUUUCAGUUAAAUCCACAUUUGCUAAUUUUAUUCAUUGGAUUAUAGCUGGAAAUAUGAAAGGCUAUAUUUUUGUUUGGGAAGUACCUAGUGGAAAUAUUAUUAAAAUUUUAUUACCUCCAUUAUAUUUUUUUAAUGAAGCAAAGAAAAAAAAAAAAAAUAAAAAAAAAAAACAACAACAACAUGAAAAAACAAAAAAAAAAACAAAUAAUUAUAACAAUCAUAAUUAUCCUUACUCUUCUUCGUCUUCAUAUUCGUCUUCCUAUUCGUCGUCCUCUUCCUCAUCCUCCUUCUCUUCAUCAUAUUAUAGUGAUGAUUUUUAUUAUGCAUCUAAUGGGGAGAAGAAAAGCAAGAACAAAAAAAAAAAAAGAAAAAAAAAAAAAACAAACACAAAUAAAAAUAUAAAUGAAAUUAAAAAAAAUACAAAUGAUGUGAAGAAUCAAAAUAGACAAAAUUAUAAUGGGACGCAAAAUAAUUUAAACAUGUCACACGAUACUCUUAAUAGUACCAAUGUAAAUGAAAAGUUAGAAAAAAGAGAAGAAGCAUAUAAACAAAAUGCUCUUACUAAUAGUGAUCGACAAAAUAGUACUUAUAAUAGUGACGACAAUAGUUAUAAUCAUAGCGAUGAAAGUAGUGAUGAUAAUAGUGACUAUUGUAGUGAUGAUUUAUAUUCAGAUGAAUAUAGUGAAAGCGAUACUUCUCCUAAUAAUUCAACUAAUGAAUCCUAUGAUAUAAAUUCAAUUCAUAAUAAGAGAAAAAAAAAUAAAAAGAAUACCUAUAAGGAUAUAUCCAACAAAUGUUACGUUUCAGCUAUCCUAGCUGUUACACAUAAAUAUGAAUUGUGGGUUGCAUUUGGUAAUGGAUAUAUAGCCGUUUAUGACUUAUAUGAUUUUCAAUUACUUCUUUAUACAUGCAUUUCAAAAAGUCCCAUUAUGGAUUUAAAAUAUUCCAAAAUUUUGGAAGACGUCUUGAUAUUAAUUGGUAAUAAUUACUUAUCCGUGUGGGAUACGAAAACCUUAAAACAAGUUCGAAAAAUCCCAACUAGCCAAAUCACCAGCAAAAAUUCUUCAUUAUCGACCAUUUAUUUAUUAGAGUCACCAAACUCAUGGAAAUAUAAACAAGUGGUUCUUAUCGCAGGGUGUAAUAAUGGAUCCGUUUGUUUAACCAAUAUAACAAAAAAAGUUGAUGGAGAUUUAACUUUCUCUUAUAUCAAAACAUAUAAUAAACAUUUUGAACCAUAUGUCCCCAUCAGCUAUAUUUAUAUUGAACCUACCAUUAACGCUGCAUUCGUUGGAGAUGCAAGCGGGGUUGUUUUUACCUUACCUAGAAUUUUAAGUACAUUAAAAAAUAAUGAUAGUUCAAAAUAA